ACUGUCGUCAACUUUCCAAAUUUGCCAUCGUGCUACUCCCUUUAGGGAUUACGAGUGACCCGAAACAUCCUCCAUAACGUUCUACGCACUAAUUUCGUAAAUAGGUUAAUGGUCGUCGUAAAACAAAACCGAGAGUACUUCUUGCGAUAAACACAGUAAUAUCCUUAUCGUUUGUCACCGGAGAAUUCGCGGGAAACUAAACUGCUACAGCAACGCCACCUUCGUUGUCUGCGAAUUCCAUUUAAAACAUCUUCGUGACUGGCACCGCCAGCAUAUGGUCGCUAAACAACACUAUUAUACACAAGACACGAGAAAAUGAUAAAGUUAUACAGAAACACAGUGUACGGGAAUGUCAUCGUGCGUUGCACGUCGCGAUUCAUAUGAAGUAUACGAAACUCCAUAAUAUAUACGGUCAACGAGACGUGUGAAGAUAUACAUAUAUAUAUAUAUAUUGUACGCAAUAGCGCGAGGUACACAAUCGUAGCCAAUAAAGCAAAAUACGACUGAGUCUGUUUUGAUGAACUUGAACACAAUUCACUAGGGAAUGUUUAAGUCGACUAAGCGGUAAAUUAAACGUGUGUAUGUUGAUCGCUGCAACGAAAAUCGUCGAAUUUGCACGAGCACUGUGAUUCCUUUGAAAUUCGUAACGAUACCUGCGACAGUGGCAUCUAGUGGCCGCUUGCGGAAAGUGAUUGUUUCGAUUGUCGAAGCGUAUCGAUAGCUCUAACGCCAGUUACAUGGCUUAGUAACAUGUAAUUUGUUGAAAGACCCUUUCAUGGCGUUUUUGUGAUGUUUUGUGGUAUUUUCGCGGAUAAUUGUGUGUGUUUUGUUAUGAAGAAGUACUGUAUAAAAAGGAAAAUGUUCUUCAAUCAAUUUCUUCAGUCUUCUUAUCAACUAAAUCACAAAAUGGCUGUUAGCGUGGAUUCAAAAUAUGCUGCUGUCAUCGUCAUCGCUUUGUUGACAGUAGUUCCAGGAACUCACGGUGUACCGCGUACAAUUAAAAUUGGUGCAAUCUUUCAUGCAGGCGAUGAGGAGCACAUAGCUGCGUUUCAAUCGGCGAUAUACAAGACGAAAUUCGAGCACGUCGCACCCGCAUUCGAGCUGGAGUCCAUCAUAAAGCAGGUAGAGGUUAAUACCGACAGCUUCAGGACCGCCGCUGCUGCCUGUGAGCUUUUGGAGGAGGGUGUGGCAGCAAUCUUCGGUCCUUCGAGUUCGUACACUUACGGAAUUGUCGCAAGCAUCGCGGCACGGUUCGACGUGCCGCACAUGGACUAUUUCUGGCGACAGAACGAGGAGCUGCAGGAAGGCCAAGAACCGAAGAACCCGACACCGAUGACGAUCAACGUGUUCCCUGACAGCAACAUGGUUAGCAAGGCGAUCGCUGACGUGGUCGAAUCGAUGAAAUGGAACUCUUUCGCGGCUGUGUACGAAGACAACGACGGUUUAUCGCGGAUUCAAAAGGCUCUGUCACUCAAGCGAACGAAAGACAGCGCUAUCACGAUAAAAAAACUCAGCGAAGGGGUGGAUAAUCGACCAGUUCUGAAGGAAAUUCGCGCAAUGUCCAUCUGCAAUGUGAUUAUCGACGUCAAGCCGAGUAACAUCAUCGAGGUGCUCUAUCAGGCGAUGGAGGUCAAGCUGCUGGCGGACUACUGUAAUUUCUUAAUUACUUACCUGGACUCGACGAAAUUACCCAUCUGGGAAGUGCGAAAUAAAACAACGACCAACAUUACAGGACUCAACUUGCGGGAAAAUGACGUAGAAGGAAUUAAUUGGGUGGAAUCCGCUAUUCUAUACGAUGCCGUCUUCAUGUUCUACAACACGCUGGAGACCUUAAACGCAAGGAACAUGUCUGUAGAUAUUGACCCGCUACCGCUCUCUUGUGAAGGGGAAAAGAAAUACAGCGCAGGUCUCGACAUUAUCAACCUAAUGCGCGAGCUAUCCGACGAAGGAAAGAUCGAAGGGAAGCUCACAGGGCCAAUAACGAUCGACGAAAAUGGUCGACGUCAAUCCUUCCAAAUACAAAUUAUAGACGUGAGACCGGGUGAAAAUGUACAAACAGGAUAUUGGCGCCCAGAUGGUCUUCACUCGAUCAAAAGCGAAAAGGAACGUGAACGUUACUUGUACAAAUCCAUUGAACUGAAGAAGUUCAAGAUUACUACUAAAGUAGGACCACCGUAUAUCAUGGAAGUGCCGGAAGGUUCAAAUCGAGGUAUACUGAUUGACCAAAGACGGUACGAGGGUUUCUGCAUUGAUCUCAUCGACGAGAUUGCCAAGCUGUUGAAAUUUAAAUAUGAGUUCGAAUUAGUACCGGAUGGAAGUUAUGGCAAGUACGAUAAAGAAACGAAGCAAUGGAACGGUUUAAUCAGACGUCUGCUGGAUCAUGACGCGGAUUUAGCUAUUUGCGACCUGACGAUCACGUACGAGCGAGAAAACGCGGUCGAUUUCACGAUGCCCUUCAUGAAUCUAGGUAUCAGCAUUUUGUACAGAACACCGGAGGAAAAAGAACCGGACCUGUUCUCGUUCCUGUCACCGCUGUCACUCGACGUCUGGAUUUACAUGGCGACUGCUUUCUUAGCUGUUUCGAUAAUGCUAUUUGUGCAAGCUAGAAUAGCGCCAGGCGAAUGGGACAAUCCGCAUCCCUGCAAUCCAGACCCGGAAGAAUUGGAAAAUAGUUUCGACUUGAAAAACUCUAUGUGGCUCACUGUCGGCUCUAUGCUGCAACAAGGCUCUGAUAUACUCCCCAAAACACCUUCGAUUCGAAUGGUGGCUGGUAUGUGGUGGUUCUUCAUUAUGAUUAUGGUUUCUUCAUAUACUGCCAAUUUGGCCGCCUUCUUGACGUACGACAAGAAAGAAAAUCCAAUCCAAGGUGUCGAAGAUCUUGCUAAACAGACGAAAGUCAGAUACGGAGCCGUGGAUGGUGGAUCCACGUCCACUUUCUUCAGGGAUUCCAAUUAUACGACAUAUCAACGCAUGUGGGCCACCAUGCAGGAAGCAAGACCAAGUGUGUUCACGAAAACGAACGACGAAGGCGUUGAACGAGUGUUGAAAAAACGCGACUAUGCUUUUCUUAUGGAGUCUACCACGAUCGAGUACAGAAUGGAAAGAAACUGUGAUCUCGACAAGAUUGGAGGUCUUAUCGAUAACAAAGGAUAUGGUAUCGCCCUGCCACGGAAUUCUGAGUAUAGAACGCCCAUAAACGGCGCGAUAUUGACGCUGCAAGAGAAAGGGGUGCUCCAAGACCUGAAAAAGAAAUGGUGGGUGGAUCGGGGUGGUGGGUUGUGCACGAAAACCGAACAAGAACCGUCAUCGUCAGGUGAAUUAGGAAUAGCCAACGUCGGUGGUGUUUUCUUAGUCCUUCUGAUCGGAACUUGCGGCUCGUUCAUCAUCGCUGUCUUUGAAUUCCUGUGGAAUGUACGAAAGGUCGCCGUGAGGGAGAAGGUUACACCAUGGGAGGCGCUGGUAGCAGAAUUGAAAUUCGCCGUGAACAUUUGGGCGGAGACGAAACCCGUUAAAAUCUCGAAAAGCAGCGGCACGAGUUCGAUGGAAGGCGGCAUCGGUCGGGCGGCCUCCACGGCUCGUUCAAUCGUCGGCUCGUUCCUUCGUCUCGACAUCCUCGACAAAUUCGAUAAAGAUAACAAUACCAAUAAUCACAGCGACGAUCGCAAGAUCAACUAAAAUUCCAGCAAACUGUCGAUCAUUCUAUCAUUAUACAUUAAGCUGGUUAUGUUACAAAUUGAGGGUGAACAAUUUAAGUGCUAAUUUUUGCAACAUGAUAUUUUAUUCUUCAUGAAGAUUAUGCACACUGUAACAGAUUUUAAUCUUAAGAUUUUUAUCUUUUGUGAAAUCUUUUCUAAUCUCUAAUUUUUCAAAAUUUGUUUCUUAUUUAUUACUACUAUUAUUACUAUAAUUCAUAGUAUUAAUUACUAAUUUCUGUGGCUAUUCAUUAACAAAUAAACUGUAUAAUUAAGUUCGAUAAUAAUUGCUUCAUUUACAACAAAAUGAUAUAAUAUAAUCACUGAUAAUCUACAAUAAUAGGGACAACAGAAAGAAAACAAAUUCGUCGGUAAUAUUUAAAGAAGCAUAGAACAAAGAAGGAGAAGAAAGGACACCAUCAAGAACAUCCUGUGCCCUCGCGCAUAAAGUCGUCAUUCUCUCGACUAGUCGCAGAAUAGCGACGUCAUGGAAGGCAGAAAUCUUCGCUGUAGGUCCAAUAAGAAAGAAAUUCAACAAUAUUUAGACUCGGCUACAAUGGCAUUGACAAACCGUGCCCUUGGUUUAGGAGAUUUUCAUUCCUAGAAAUCACCUGCAGGUUUCCUGAUACCAGCACCCCCCCGGGAGCAAAGCGGCAUCUUUGUGUCAUUAUUACCAAGGAACGUAAACGUUGGUCUUUGGCAAGGGGACACAUUUAACUUUACCGACUUGACGUCGUUCGCGUCAAAGAAAAGUCGAUGGACACUUAACCCCUGAAGGGACGCCAAUAAUUCUCUGAAAGACUGAAUUAUCCUUCCAGUGUUGUAUUUUCAUCUAUUUUGGGGAAUAAUGGAAACUAUUUAAACUACGUUAGCACGUUGAAUGAGAGUAAAAGUUUUGAUGUUACUUCUUUAUUUAUCGAAGAUUGUUUGUCAAAGAUUGUACUUCUUUCUCCUUUUAGUCAUUUCAUAAGUUAGACAUUUUAAUCGCUAGUUUCAAACAGCAUGAAUUUCGAAUAUGAAAAAUCGUAUAAUUCUAAAAUUAUUGGCGAAAAGAAAUGUUGGGAGUUUUUUUCUUUCUAGAAAUACGAUUGUAUUAAUUUCAAGCAUGUCCAAUAGACGCGGUAGUAAAAGCUGAAUAGAUGAGAGAUAUGGGAACGACCUGAAUUUAAUCUGAAAAUGUAUCUCGAAUAAUUGUAUUAAUUCAUUUCAUGAUUUACGUCUGGGAAUCUUUAAAAUCGUUAACUAGAAUUAUUUCUAUCUUUAAAUUACUAAUUGAAAGAAAACUAGGAUUUAAAGAUAUGUUUAAGUCUUUUCUAUAUCCCAUUCAGUACGUCGUCUACUAAGGCUCUUGAACGCGAAGCUUUUUUGCUCGAAAAAUAUGCCGAGGUCGAUUCGAUUCACUAUGCCGUCACGAUGACCAGAAUGCGGAAAAGCAUUACGACUAAUUCGUGGCGUCAGAAAGGAAUGGAUUCCGAAGUAUGAAGUCGUAUAAGCAACAGCUACCGGCAGUUUGGUGAUAAAGGUGUAAGGACAUCGAUUAAUACUCGUUUUCAUAGCUGUAGUAAAAGCGGGUAACACGAUUACAGGCAACAUUUACGGAAGCCGAACGAGCUGUUAACUGUACGGUAUUUUUGCAACGGGAUGUUCAUAAUCGCGAGCGUUUCAUGAAACGAAACUUUCUUCUUUUUACGGUUUUACUGACGCGUCUUUUAUGAGCCGCGCGUGUUUAGAGCCUGAUAUGGAAGUGGGUGUAUUAUUAACUGAACAGUUGCGUGUCACGUUUUUAGCUGAACAUCGUGAAUAUUUUACCGAGUUUACCGACUAUGAGAUAAAUGAGAAAUCUACGGACUGAAACGUAUGUAUAUAUGUAGAGGUUGUUGCACACUUUAACAUAUUGCAUCAAAGGUGUAUUAAAUUAAGAACUUAUGGUGUCUGAUUUAUUUGGAAUAAAAUUGUAAUUAUAUUUGCUACAAUCUCUUUCAGAAAAAUAUUUGGAAAUUUUGAAAGAAAGGAUUUGUAAUAUUAUAGGGAUACGCAUAAAGAAGAAGAUAAGAAUACAAAUAAUUACAACAUACCACAUACGUACAACGUACCACACACGUAUAAACAAUAAAGUUGCUUCUUUUCAAUUUAGUGUGGUACAGUUGUAAAAUACGCCACAAUUUAGUUUAGCGAUGUUUAAUUUUAUUUUUUUUCUUUUUUUGUACCUUACGUAGUAACUGUUACUGCAAUUCCACAUUUUUCAUAAUUUCGUUUAGCUUACUACGACGCUAUUCGCAUACGAUUUUACAUAUUUCUCCAUCCAUUUACGAAUCGUUCUCUAUAGGGAAUCUUUCGCUUUAAUAACACCAUGUUGACCUUCUCCUUAACGAUGCUUUCCAGCAAUAAAACACAUCUCUCUCGCGGAGUAUCGAGGUAAAUCCAAGGGAACGAACGGCUAGCGAAACCGCAGUCGGAUGCGAUUCAAACGAGCGGGGAUUUAAGCGGCUAGCGGAUUCAGAUUAUCGAAGGAAUCCCCUUAAUCGACGCCAGAAUAAAUCGUUGCGAGGGUUUAAUUAAGUUUUAUAGUACGGGCAUCCGAACCGCCGUUAUGCAUGCGUACCCGGCGUGUUAUCUACGAUACAUCUUCAUCUUGGCGACGCUAACUUGGCCGAUCGAAGCAUCCUGCCGAUGCUACGCGCUCGCGCGCUCCUUCGCGAUCUUAUCGCGUCACGGCGAAAAACAACAGGUGUACGAAAUCACGGCACCCUCUUCGAGAUCUACCGACGACUCUCUUGUUCUUCUUUACGACCGCGCCGAAUUUUAAAUAGAAUCGUACGACCGUCUCCUCGUCUUUGCCUGACGAUGUUGCAUCUGCAUCUCGACGAGAUAAUUUAACGUUGAUCAUACUAGAUGGUUGUACAGAGAGAUAAUAUCUUGUCGAUCAGUAAAUGAUAGUUAAAAUUGUGAAAUUGAAAUGGUAAACGAUGUAGAGAGUCAGUAAAUUCUAUAUCAAAGAAGAUCAUUUGAGAGCUACUUUAAGAUAUAGUAGUCUAUGUUGUAUAUACGCCAAUUUUUCUGGCGUGUUCAACGCUUUCCUUGGUAAUCCAAUAAUCCAUUACCAUGUAAACGUAAUAAAUGCAAUUGUAUUUGUGAGUGCACGUGCUGGAAGUGAAGAUUCCUGACAUAAGAAGAAAAAUUGAUUUCUGUUAAUUUUGUAAUAAAUAAAAAUGGCGGACGUUAACAUGAACUCCACUGAUUUCCCAAAUAUGUACGUAUUUGUUGCUAAUAUAAAACUUAAUCUAAUAUAUGUUGAAGUAAUUACUUCAAGAAAAACUCUACAACUUUUCUUCUCAAUAUCCGUAACCUAGAGACCGCUGUUACGAAGAGAAUAGAAUUUCGUGAAAAAUAUUCAAAA